AUGAUAAAGCUUCAGUUUUCCUUUUUGCUGAUAGCUAUUACAACAUUGCUCCGUAUGGCAGUGGCCACACCCUACGAGGCAUAUCCUAUCGGAAAGCAAUACCCUCCAGUGGCAAGGGUCAGUGAACCGUUCACGUUCCAGAUAUCCAAUGACACCUACAAGUCGUCUAUAGACAAAACAGCCCAAAUAGUAUACAAUUGCUUCGAUCUACCAGAUUGGCUUUCAUUCGAUUCAACUUCUAGGACGUUCUCAGGUGAACCCUCCUCUGACUUACUGUCUGACGCGAAUACCACAUUGUAUUUCAACGUAAUUCUUGAAGGAACGGACUCUGCCGACAGCAUGUCUUUGAACAAUACGUACCAAUUUGUUGUUACGAACCGUCCAUCUAUCUCGUUGUCGCCUGAAUUUAACCUGUUAGCACUGUUGAAAAACUACGGUUAUACUAACGGUAAAAACGCUUUAAAAUUGGAUCCAAACGAGGUCUUCAAUGUGACCUUUGACCGUUCGAUGUUCACUAAUGAAGACUCCAUUGUGUCGUACUAUGGGCGUUCCGAAUUAUAUAACGCUCCCUUACCCAAUUGGCUGUUCUUCGAUUCUAAUGAGUUGAAGUUUACUGGUACGGCACCGGUGAUAAAUUCGGCAAUUGCACCAGAAACAAGCUAUAGUUUUGUCAUCAUUGCGACGGAUAUCGAGGGAUUUUCUGCGGUCGAAGUAGAGUUCGAAUUAGUCAUUGGUGCUCACCAAUUAACCACCUCUAUUCAAAACAAUUUGAUAAUAAACGUUACGGAGACUGGUGACAUUUCGUAUGAUUUACCUUUAAACUAUGUUUAUUUUGAUGAUGAUCCUAUCACUUCUGAUAAGUUAGGCUCUAUAAAUCUACUUGAUGCUCCGGAUUGGGUUACAUUAAACAAUGUUACCAUUUCAGGCUCUGUUCCAGAUGAUCUACUGGGAAAAAACUCCAACCCUGCCAAUUUUUCUGUGUCUAUUUAUGAUACUUACGGUGACGUGAUUUACUUCAAUUUUGAAGUAGUCUCCACAACGAAUUUGUUUGCCAUUAGUUCUCUUCCUACUAUUAACGCUACAAGGGGUGAAUGGUUUACUUAUUAUUUUCUACCUUCUCAGUUUACAGACUACGUGAAUACAAAUGUUUCUCUAGAAUUUACUAAUUCAAGUCAAAAUCAUGAUUGGUUGAAGUUCCAACCCUCUAAUUUAACAUUGGCAGGAGAAGUGCCCAAGAGUUUUUACAAACUCUCCCUAGGCUUAAAGGCGACUCAAGGUUCCCAAUCGCAAGAGUUAGAUUUUAACAUUAUUGGCAUGGAUUCAAAAACAAUUCACUCAAAUCAUAGUGCCAAUGCUACAUCUACGAAAAGUUCGUCUCACUCCACCUCAACGAGUUCUUACACAUCUUCUACUCAAACUCAAACAAUUUCUUCUACUUCUACGGCUACCUCGUCUUCUCCAGCAGUGUUCCCUGUAGCUAGCAAAAAUUCAUCGCACAAAAAAAAAGCUGUGGCAAUUGCAUGUGGUGUGGCCAUUCCACUAGGUGUUAUACUCAUAGCCAUUAUAUGCUUCCUAAUCUUUUGGAGGCGUAGAAAGGAAAACUCGGAUAACGAAAAACUACCACAUGCUAUUAGCGGUCCCGAUCUAGACAAUCCUGCUAAUAAGCCCAACCAAGAAAACGCAACACCUUUGAAUAACCCAUUUGAUGAUGAUGCUUCUUCAUAUGAUGACACUUCGAUAGCAAGAAGAUUGGCUGCCUUGAAUACUUUGAAACUAGAUAAUCAUUCCACAUCUGAAUCUGACAUUUCCAGCGUGGAUGAGAAGAGAGAUUCUUUAUCAGGAAUGAAUAUGUAUAACGAUGAAUUUCAAUCUCAAAGCAAAGAAGAAUUGCUCUCAAAACCGCCAGCACAGUCUCCAGGAAGCCCGUUCUUUGAUUCACAGAAUAGAUCUUCCUCUGUGUACAUGGACAGUGAGCCAGCAGUAAAUAAAUCUUGGCGAUAUACUGGCGACCUGCCAACGGUACUUGACAGUGUCAGAGACAGCUACGGAUCACAACAAACCGUGGAUACAGAAAAACUAUUUGAUCUUGAGGCACCGAAGGAGCAAAAGCGUACAUCAAGAAAUGCCACCAUGUCUUCAUUAGAUCCAUGGAACAGCAAUAAUGACCCUUCGAUAAGAAAAUCAAUAACACCAUCGCCACAUAAGAUAACAAAGCAACGUGAUCUCCACUUACGUAAUCUUCAAAAUUCUCAACGUGCAACAAACGGAAUAACGCCUACGACAAUGUCAACUUCUUCUUCUGAUGAUUUUGUUCCAGUCAAAGACGGUAACAAUUUUUGCUGGGUCCAUAGUAUGGAUUCAGGUAGAAGACCAAGCAAGAAAAGAUUAGUCGACUUUUCAAAUAAGAGUAACGUAAAUGUUGGCCAAGUCAAAGACAUUCAUGGACGAAUUCCAGAAAUGUUAUGA